CACCACCCGACAAGGACACCAGCCAAGACACGAACGGUGAAACCGAAAGGCGUCGUACUCCACACUAACCUUGUCCUGCUGCUGGGCGAAAAACCGAAUAUCCCCGCAGCGGAAUCGUGGGGGAUACACCAUGGGACGGUACUACGGCCGAAACAGUAACCCCUGUGUCAGUAUGCUGCAAGUUCGGUGAAGGUAAAGAUGAGCAUUGCUUGUGUGUGCCCGUUUCGGUUCGGAAUUUGGAUUGGAAGUUGGUUGCUGUAUGCUACUGCUGGCGCUGGUGCAUUUGCUCCGGUUAAGGGUGUUUCUCGCUGGUGAAGCCGUGUCACAGGGAAGAAAAGACAUAGUUCUCGCAGAUCUCGUGUAAAGUGCAGUGAAGUGCCACCGUAAGGAAAACAAUUGUGUCACGACAGCUUGCCGUGUGUGAUAUGGAUUGAUGACCGUUUACGUUGGGUGGUGUAACCGGGGCGGAUUUGGCUAAUGCGGAAGAGCUACGGGAUUAAUGCCUACCAAUCAAACGAGACAGAAGCUAGAUCAAGUUAAAGAGUUUGUGCUGUGUAGUUGCACCCUGCCGUGUGCAAGAGGGUCCGGAAGAGACCGUUCGAACUGACGUGUGACGGAAAGCUGUCCAGUGUCUAGAGUGUGUGAGUACCCGAUCUCCAAACCGAAAGCAGGUGACAUCAGACAUCAGCACAGGUUCCAGCUAGACCAGCUACUCUACAAGACGUGUGCAAUAUUUUUCGCUAGUAUACUUCAUCGUGCCUCAUCAGCUGACAAGUGAAAGGUUAAGAAUCAGACUAGAGGUCACAGCGUGGUAUCACCUUACCGACGCUAUUGCUCCAGGAUCUCUGGACCCAACCUAAACGAUACGAGUGUCAUAAAGUUAAAUUCUCACAUUCUGCGAACCAUAUCGACACCAGAGCAAGAAGUGAACCUCCCCCCACAUUGAAAAUGAUCGACAACGGGUACUCGUACGUGACGCGAGACAAUCUACGCUACACCGAGCUAAACGAUGGCCGGUCGUACGCCCAGAUGGGUACGCUUGCGUCACCGCCGGCCAUGGCGAAUCGAGGUCUGUCCGAGUAUGACACCUCCGCCGUACAUCUGGCCAACCAUCGCCCGUAUGAUCCGGCACCGCAGACCGCAUUCGAGCGGUACGAUACAGCGUACGCACCACAGCGUACCGCGCUCUAUCCGGCGGCGGCAUACGGCUACACGCAACCGACGAUCAUCGACGAGGAGCAGAAGUAUCUCGGUGCGGACAGUAAUCCCCACCCGUCCGAUGUACAGCAGCCCCAACCGCAUCCGCAUCAUCAUCUCGGGCUCGGUGGUCCGACAGCACCGGACGCACGCACCCAUCACACCAUGAUGAAGGUCGAGAUGGAGGACAGUGCCGGUCCGAUCUAUCCCCGACCGAUCUAUCACUACGAUCCAUCCACGUGUGGUGCAAUGCCGCCCGGCUUUUCUGCGAUCAAUCUGAGCGUGAAGGAGUCGAGUCCACCACUGCACACACCGGUGUACAAGACGGGCCCUGGGUCACCUUCGCCGAAUGGACGGCGGGCCGGUGAUGAGAGGGGGAAUAAGAUAUCGUCUAGCAGUCCAGAGCCACAGGUUAGCCCGACGGGUGGUCGCAGGAAUAGUAGUCCUCAGGCAUCACUCGACCUGAGCUCCAACAAUAGUGGUGGUACGAGUCCCCAGUUUCCAAACCGUCAGACUGCGAACAUCAACACGAACACCAACACGACCAGCAGCAGCGGCAAUACGAGCAACACCAACAGCAACGCUGUGUAUACGAGCGAGGUAAGUGAAAGCCGCCCGACGGAGGUGAAUGCGAACGAGUACGGUAACACGGCGGAACGUCCGCUCGGUAUGGGCUUUGCCCGACCUCAACCACCGUCCGCAUCCUACAGCCGAGAAUCAACGCCCGAUAGUGGAGGAUCGUACUACGCUGACAGCUACCGCGAUCAGAGUGGUAAGGCGCACGUUGUGCCAGGAUCAAGCCGGAGAUUGUAUUUGAACGCAAUCACCCAUUCUGCAGGCUAUAGUCCGCACACCAGCUACGGGAUGGUAGUACAGCCGGACUAUUCCAACGGGUAUCCUAGCUACGCACCGAACGCUUACCAGUACAGUGGUCCGUACGCGAGCUCACUCGGCACCUCCGUCUAUCCACCGACCGUACCGACAAGCUAUCCGGCCAGUUCGAGCUCGAGCUUCGUCACACCGCCCACCCUCGGCCAGCACAUAGCACCGCACGAUAAUCUCCUGAAGGCUGGUUUGACUGGCUACCAGCGUCUCGAACGACCUCAGUUUCCGUCACAGUCGCAGGAGCUCAAGUGUCCAACGCCCGGGUGUGAUGGGUCAGGGCACGCUACCGGCAACUACUCCUCACACCGCAGCCUGUCCGGAUGUCCGCGAGCGUCCAAACCGAAGAGCAAGCCGCGCGAUGGACAGGAAUCAGAACCGUUAAGAUGUCCUAUUCCUGGGUGUGAUGGGUCAGGUCAUUCUACAGGCAAAUUUCUCUCGCAUCGCAGUGCGUCCGGCUGUCCGAUUGCGUUCCGCAACAAGAUGCACAUCCUCGAGAACGGUGGUACGAUCGAGCAGGCGAAGGCGGCCAUGGCACAGGCAGCGGCCGGCAAGUUCGAACCGUUCACCUGCCCGACACCGGGCUGUGAUGGUAAUGGGCAUGUGGAUGGGACGUUCAGCACCCACCGCACGGUUGCCAGCUGCCCGACGGCACAGGGUGGCCCGGGUCAGGCACCGUCCAGCAAGAAGCCACGGUAUGGUGACACCGACACCGUGCUCGGCGGGCUCGGUCCGGUCUCGUCCAAGUCGUUCAACGACCUAGCGACCGGCUAUAGUCAGAGCGUUAAGGGCGGCCUGAUGUCUGGCCCUGGUCCGCUUCUGGUCGGACCACCGCCUCCACCGCCCCCACCACCACCGCCAGCACCACUACCGGCACAGGUACCGUCCGCGCUGGGGGUUCUCGCGUCCGGUGUUAUACCAAUCACCGUGAUGCACGGUGUGCACGGCACUGUUCCAAACCAUUGCGGUACCGGUACGGCCUCCGAUCAUCACCAUCAGCACCAUCAACAGCACCACACCGGAUCGUCCGGUGACCGUGGUAAUCCUGGUGGUGUUGGUGUACCGAUCGCACCAAACUCCACCAAUACCGGCGGCACCGGAGCUGAUCCUGGAGCGGGAGCAGGUGUUCCAUCGGACGGUGGGACGAACGUCCCAACCGAGGACAUACAGGCACUGGACGAGGAGAUAACCGAGCUUAAGCGGGAGAAUGCGCGGGUCGAGCUGCAGAUGUUGCGGCUCAAGUCGAACAUUAACGCGAUGGAGUCGCAGCUGAACCACAACAACAACCACGAGCCGAAGCUGCUCGAGAUAGGGACGCGUGGGAUCACAUGAAAUUUCCUCACCUGUUAGGCCGUUUGUGGUAUCGUCCGUUGCUGCUGCCACGCUCGACAAAGUGAUCGUGCUUAACUAGCUGACAGGUGCGCCAGAAGGAUGCGUGAGUGAGUGCGUGCGUGUGCGUGCGUGAAGACGAGUGACAGUGCGAGUGUGGUAGAGAGCAAGUGUGCGCAGACGACGGAUAACCCACGAGAAUGGUCCUAACAGAGCUGGAUAUCAAACACAGUACUAGAGGAACGCUUACGGCAGUGAACGGUGAUCCAGAGCGAGUGAGAGACAAUGGUGGAAUGGUGUUGCUGGUGCAGGAAGCGAGAUAAGUAGUGCAAAGAAGGAUUCAAACAUUGCUAGCAAAAUGAUGUGUAUGUGUGUGUGUGUGUGUGUGUGAUGUGUAGUGUGAUGGUACGCGCUGUACAUAAUCAUCGGCCGGUUAGAAGCGAACGUAUAACAAUAAGCGGUAGAAAACGAGAGAGCGAGAGAGCGAGACCUGGAUGUAUACUGAGGCCGUACAGGGAGAAGACGAAACGAACCGGUCACACUCGAAUGCGCUAUUGGCCGACAAAACUAACACUAACCCUUACAUUGUAUACUAGAUUUUGGAAGUAAGUAUUGAACAUAUUUGGACAGUGAAAACAACAACAAAAAAUUCAAACAAAAUGUGUUUUUCGCUGGUAUUAACCGUCGUUAGUUGUGUACGUAGUAUGUCGUGUAUGGGGCACCUGAAACAGGGCGGUCGAGGCAAGCAAGGAACGCAGUCCGGGUUGCCUGCAAGUGUGUCGAUUUAUAUAUAUACAUAUAUGCAAGGAAAACACUAUACUAGGCUUAGUGAGUCUCAGUAUUGGAAAAAGAAACCCAGUUCUUGACAGUGACAGCAGCGCACAUCUUAACAAAAUCUGAUCACAUCCACUCCACCACCAGGCACGCAUACACGCAGGAGUAUAGUUGUACAGCCAAAUGAGGUAAAGUGUAUGCGUGUGUGUGAGAUAAAUGGCACUGUAAUAUAAGCGCGCCUUUCAUCUUACUUCGAGCAUGUUGACGCGAGCGACUUAGUAAGAUGAUAGGUGUGACAGCUAUCGCUGCUUAUCCGGUUGUCAAAAUGUGUUUAUUUUGGGUAGCUGUUGGUAACCGUGUACAGCCGUUGUUUUUUUAGUAUGAUUUCUAUUACUAACACCCUUUGUGUUUCUCUCUCAAAAAAAAAAAACAAAAACUCUCUAUGAAGCGAGUAAGUGUUUAAACGGGCAUUGUGCAAAUGGCGUAAACAGUCAGAUGAUAUUAAGGUGUAAGCUAACAGUAGUAGUGCGUGAACGUGUACGAAAAAAACAGGAUAAAUUAUACAACUACUUAUGCAAAAACACUCGAGAGAGAGAGAGAGAGGGAGAGAAAACGUUAGGAAGAAAGGGUAUGGGAGAGAAAAGGGGAGGAGAAUUUUACCUAGUCAAAUGUGCUGUAUGAAUUUAUAGUUUUUAAAAUAUCAUUGUGUAUCGUAAUUGAUUGAAUUUAUCGCAAAAAAAUACAAUAAUGUGCAACUACGCGGAGCGAAUACAGCAUCAUUAUUUAACGCAGCAGACACUCAUCGUGGAUCGUAUUCUGUACUGUUGGAAGGUAAGCGAAGAAAGUGAACAAAAAAAAAACAGACAGAACAAUAAAGAGAGCAACAAAACCCAAGCAAAGCUAAGCUGUCAAAAAAAAAGGUAACUCAAAAGGCGCGCAUAAGGCACAGAGAAACGAAGUGCAAUCGUAGGUGAAGAUACAAUAAAAGCAACAGUAAAAACAUUAGCAGAAUUGUAAAAAAAACACAAACACACACACAUACAUGCAAGUAAACGUAUAACACUAGGCAAGAGCAGGUGAAAAAAAUAAGAAGAAAAAGCAAAACAAAAAAACAAUGAAGAAAGGAGUACGAAACGUGAAAAAAAAGAUAUAGAAUCACAAUAACAGCAAGUGCAGAGGGGUAAGAAGGAAAAACACAUUAAAAAAAACGAUAAUACGAGAAUUAUAAAUGGUACAUCAGAAGCAAAAAUGCAGCAAAAGCAAACAAAAAACAUUACAAAAACAAGUAAAAAAAAAACAAACAAACCAACACUAUUGUAUGUAACCGGUUAUGAAUUUUAAUAAAAAGUAAAAUAACAUA